ACAAUAAACUCAUUGAUACCGCAACAACACAGUAUGCAGGACUAGUCCUCUUAGCCGGUCUUUUCCUUUUAUUUUCUUCUUGGACGACGAUGGGACCCGGGAUAUAGUCAGGACCAUACACGACCCUAUUCCAAUUUAUACUUCACGUCGCGUCUCAAUCACGCUCUUUCCUUUGAAUCCCCUUUUUCCGAUUUCGACACCUUCAACUCCAACCUCCUCCUCAUAUCACGCUAGAAUCAAGGGAUCGAAUAGGGGUAUCUCCUCGGAUGCUGCUUUCCAGCUCGCAAGGCUUGCUAGCCGAGUGGGACUGGGAGACCGGAGAGCAGGACUUGGUAGAUUCAGACGAGGACAGGGAUGAGGAUGAGGAACUCGGAUUGGGUCUGAAGCGCAAGUCGUGCAGGUUGGAGAGGAAUGAGAUUCGGGUCGAGGUUAUAGCCGAGGAAGAGGAGGAUGGGGAAGAGGAGGAAGAAGAAGAAGAAGAAGAGGAAGAAGAAGAGGAAGAAGAAGAAGAGGUUGAGGAGGAAAAGGUACAAGAGGUAGAUGAGGAGGAAGAAGAAGAAGAAGAGGAAGAGGUCGAGUUCCAACCCCAGAGAAAGCUUUGGAGCAGGACGGACACUUCGACGACGCUGCCGCUCGAAACUCAAGGGUCGACGACGAGGGUCAGCGCGUUGUUGGAUGACAGGCCGCAUAAACGCUUGCGUAUCGAAUCGGGAGGAAGCCUGUUCGGAUCUCGUCCACUGAGCACACCCGACGUACCUAGCAAGGACAACUCGAAUACCCUUACUCCUGCCGAGUUGGAGUUGGGAUUGGAGGACGACGGGUUUCCUAUCGACGACGCCCUCAUCGCAGCGCUGAACAACGGAUACGUGUACGACCCCAAACUCCGUCCGUACGUCUGCAGGCAACUCGAGAGCGGGCUCGAUAUCUCUCCCGCACCAGGCCCGUCGGAGGGUUGUCGUGCGUACCGGCUGUUCCCGGCGAACAGGUUCUUGUGGUAUCAAUUCAAACGACCUCGGUCUAUGGACGAAGUGUAUCGCAAGCUGGAUAGGGUGAUCAAGCAUCAGGGGAAAGAGUUUGUAUUCCUCGGCACGACGGAAUCGAGGCUCCGGACGGAGAGCGUGUGUUUUUUCCAGGAAUCGUCUACGCUCACAGCGAAGGAUGUUAGGGAAUCGCUGGGUGAUUUGGCUGGCGUGUUCAUGAAAGACGGUCCGGGGAAAUACGUCGCGAGGAUGGGCCUGAGUUUUACAAAGACCGAGGAGACGAUCGAGGUCCCUCCCGAGCGGGUGGGGUACAUCGAGGAUGUGGUGGCACCGGAUGGAAAGGCGUAUACGGAUGGGUGUGGGUGUAUCUCGGAAGAAGCUGCUGGGCGUGUGGCAAGGGCGUUAGGGUUGAGCUUUAUACCUACAGCCUUUCAGAUGAGGUACGGGGGAGCAAAAGGCAUGCUAGUCACUUACGGCCAGCAAGACCUCUUGCGCAUGUUUGGAGAGGAAAAGGACAUCUACCUCCGACCGUCCAUGUGCAAGUACUCGGCACCGCAGUUCCAGCACCUCGAGAUCCACGGAUGGUCUAAACCCCGUGAUCGACCGGCUAAACUGCAACGAGCGUUCAUCCAGGUCUUGCAUACCCUCGGGCUCCCGUAUGAACGGUUUCGGGAGAUGACGCUCGCAGAGAUCGACCGGGUACAGUCCAUCGCGCUGGACCGUGACAAGGCGUUGGCUUGGCUCGAAAGGGACGGGGCGGAGUUGGAUAGCGGGGAGAUCACCAUGACCGAUACGGCGUACCGGAUGAUCAAGGCCGGGCACGACGUCAAGGAACCUAGGGUGCAAGAGUUGACGGGCAGGAUGAUCGGCGCGUUCAUGGUCUCGUUUCGUGAGAAACUCUCCAUCCCGGUCUCUCAGUCGGCUUUCGUUUACGGUAUUUGCGACGAGACACGGACGUUGAAGGAGAACGAGGUGGUCGUACACGCCUCGAGGUACGGAUAUAUUACGGGCAAGGUCUUGGUCAGCCGUUCGCCUUGUGGACAUCCGGGAGAUUUCCGUCUGCUUGAAGCCGUCAGACCGCCCCUGGGACCGCAAUGGAAGAACUGUAUCGUCUUCCCUAUGGCAGGUCGUCAACCCGUCGCCGAUCAAAUGUCGGGAGGUGAUCUGGAUGGGGACGAAUUCUUCAUCACGUGGAACGAGGAGCUCUUCCCGCCCAACAUCGUGCCCGCUGAUCCACGUACGCCUAGACCAAAGAUCCCGUUUGCGCACACCAAGGAGUACUCGGAUGAAUACCUGGUCUCGUGCAUCAAACGACACGUCGCUUCCCAGUUGCUCAACUAUGAGAUCGGCAAGACGCACAACAUGUGGGAAGAGAUGACGGAAGAAUCCGUCGAGGGGGCCGCCUCGAAGCUGUCCCUCUACCUGAACACGCGGUACGAAGCCGCUAUGGAUACCAACAAGUCGGGGGAAGAGAUCCCACCCAUGCCGACCGAGGCCGAGGUGGAAGCGUGGCGCGGUCCACGACGACCCUUUGGACCGAUCCAUCAAUUGCGUAGUUUGGUCCCCGCUGCUGGAUUGCCCCUGAAUCGAGCGAUCUUUGAGACGCCACGCAAGUCGACCCAUGAGAGGGAGAAUGCCGAAUGGGUCAGUAGCGAGGUGAGGCUCGAGUUCCAGCUCGACCCGGAUUUAGUGUACAAGCCGGAACAUCCUUCUUACAAGGGGUUCCGGGACGAGUUUCAUAAGAUGAGGAAGGGGUAUGGCGGGUUGCUCGCCCAGGCCCAAAGACGACUCGAAGGGGCGAACCGCCCACUACAAGGCAAAGCCACCUCGCCCUCUAAACGACAAGACGACUCGUUCCGCAGAAACAUCAACAAGCUACUAGAAGAACAGGAACACGCCAUCCUAGAGAGUUUCCGAGUGAAACACUUCACCUUGCCCAACACGGACGACAUGCUCGACCUCGACCCGCUGUUGAUCAAGGCCUCUGCUUUUUACGUCGCAGGGUACGACGCGAUCCGGAGCGGGGAAUGGAAUCGACCUAAACCGGCCCUGGCGUGGCUGGGGGAAGACCUCCUCAACAUGCGCAAGGCGUACUGCGUGACACGGCAGAACGGACAUCCUCGGCUGGCCGCCUCGGUCGCCUUUGUACCGCGUAAAAGUAAACUGUUUAAAAGCGAAGGCGGGUCUAAUGGAGGGCCCGUACGCACCGAUUCGAAUUCUGCAUAGAAUAAUUGAGAGGAUCUUCUUCUUCUUGUAUAUACCCCACGAGCACGGCCAGACUUGUACAUACUUGACACGAAUGUAAACCUUGUAACGACGACAUGCAUCAUACUCAUCAUA